AAAUAAACUUUUUGUGUCAUUAUAGAUGGCACAUCUGGUGUACAUAAUCUUGCUGAUUUUUUUGUUUAUCUUAUAUACUUCCUGAAAAGACCGUUUAAAUUUUUUAAGACUUUGUCCUUGCCACAUUUGGCAUAUUUUAUUUUAAGAAAUAUUUUUAGUGGUUGUACACAAAAUUUGAGAAAUGAGCAUUUAAGGACUAAAUUUUUGGCAUCAAGAUAACAAUGAUUUAUUUUGAAUGUGACCAAAUUAUAUUUGCAUUCUUUUUCAAGGCAAUAAAAAUAAAUUCAGAGCAAAUGGGGCAUGAGAAUUCAGAGAUACUUAACCAUGUGCUUUUAUAUUAGGAAUAGUUUGCUAAGUCCUGCUUGCUAAUUUCAAAAGAAUUACCUAUACUGGUAAUGCAUUGUUGAAGCUUCUGUCAAAAAGUUAUUCUCUCCUUAAAAAAAUUAAGGAAUACUUUGAAAGAAAGAAACUUAAGUCAAAAAUGAAGCUCCUGGAAGUAUCAUCUCCUAAAAGUUCAGCAGUCAGUUUGGAUCUUCUUAAUCUCUAUGUGGUUAACCAGAUAUCAACCAAGAAAGAGAACACUGAGAACGCGAGGAAGCCAGUCCAUGUUGAUAUCACUGAAGAUGAAAAAAAACCUAUCAGGAGACAUAACUUAGAGCUUCCCACAUCACCCCUACGUACACAACAUAAGUCAAACUUAGAUGAUCUCCAAAGCAGGUUACAAAAGCAAGUUUUGGACAGCAGAAGACAACAUCUCUCAGAAAAAGUGAAAUGCCAGCAUAAGCUCAUUCCACAAGUAAUGGAAUUAGGCGAUGUUGAUUCCAGUACGGAAAAUGAAGACGACAUGGCAAGAGCUUUUAGUGCUUGUCCGUUGUCCUCCUCUGGUUUUCAGUUCUCGAACUGUACACAGCUUUCAGAAGAAAAUUUCAACACAAAACUAAUGGGCAACAUUUGGGAACAGAUCUAUGAAAAGAAGCUGCAAAACCAGCCAGGUAACAGCUUUGAUCAAAACCCUUGGAAUACAAACCCUCCAAGCCAGUUUAUUUUCAGGAAGUCUGAUACAGUGCCUCAGGAGCUGUUCCAGCCAUUUGAUAGAAGGCUUUAUCCUGCAAUCAAUGCAAAAGAAGAUUCAGUAGACAGACACCUUGAAGGCAUUUUCACAGCUCCAGAACAUAUUUUCCUUAAAAGUAGCAAUGUGUCAAAUACAAGCUACAAGGAAACAAGUGCACUUCAUAAAACACUCCGGCAGAACCGUCAUGAGGGACAGCACUACUUCAUGCCCUGUGAACAGAAAGAAAGAAGAGCAAACCUUGAAAAAAUCGAGACAUUUGCUUAUCACCAUGAUCAGCAGAAUAGCUUAAAGGAGAAUGUGCAGAAUUAUUCCAGAAAAAAAAGUGACAACAAGCCUGUGAAAGAAACAGCCUGGAAUCAGAACCAUGUCUUUGUAUUUGAAGAGUUCACAACAGCACAAGAGAAAGGGUAUAAGUUUGGACUGAGUUCAUAUCUUCAUGAGAUGGAUGUGGAGUCACCACUCAGCAGCCAGUCUCACAGUUACUCUCCAAGGCAGACUGAGAGCUAUUUGAGCUCUAGUCCUGACACAUCUGAAGAGGAAGACACAGCCAAAAAGAAGGAAUAUCUGAAUGAACAUUCCUUGAAGGCACACGGUGCCAACCUAUUCUCAGCCUCAGCAAGCAGAGAGGCCCCCAAGAGCUCUCACACCCAAAGUGUGGGUAUGAAGCCCAGCAGUACUUUGCCUAGAAAAGAAGCAAACCAUCUUCAGGAGAGAGACUCUAAUUUUUGUGCCACAGAGGAGGAAAAUAAAACGCACACAGCUCUGUCUCAGGGCCCAUCACACCAGGCCUGUAAGAGGGAGCCCGUCAGCAGCAGCAGCAGGCGCGAUGUUUGGUCGCAGACCGAGGGCUGUGUGCCCGUAGAGAAGGCGGACGUGGGCAGCCAGUGCGGCACGCUGAGGGUGUGCAGCUGCGGGGGAUCCCUCCCCGCCGCCCGCAGCCCAGGCGCGGUCCCUGCUCCCAGCGCUGCCGGCGCCGCGGGAGAGCCCCAAGGGCAGAAGGGGCCAGACCCCUUCUCUCCUGAGGCCGAGUACCUGAGCUUGGCCGGCAGGAGCACUCUAGAGGUGCUGAACUACAUUGAUAAAAUGAAGGAGAGAGAUAAGCGGUGAUCAAUUAUAAUGCCACGUUAGGAACACAAUAGUUUUGUCCUGUUCUCAGUGUAUUUCAUUCAGUUGGCAUAUUCCGAUUUUUCUAGCAUGGUUAGGCAGAAGAUACUUUUACUGUUGGUUUGCUUUAACUAUCAAUAAUUAUGGGUUUCUGCUAUCUCAAAGUAUGGGUUUCUAUAGAUAUCUAACUAUUAACAAAGGAUUUUACAAUAGCCUAGUAAAUAAAAUCAUUAGGAAUGAUAUUGGUUUCCUCACCAUAUAUCUGUAGGAUUCUGUAGUUUAGAAUUUAUUGACUGUGUUUCUUUUAAGGUAAUGGGAAGAUGUCGUUCUGCUUCAAAAAAUAUUUAGUGUGGCUCUGAGUUACCCAUUUUAACAGAAAAACUUGCCUUUGUCAUGUGUUCAUACUAAACACAGAAAUAGGAAACAGAAAAUUUACAUCUGCAAACAUAGAAUAGAAUAUAAUUUUAAAAGAACUAAGUAAUUAAAAAUUUUUAACUGCUCAAUUUUCUUUCCACAGCAGAUCCAUUCAUUCAUUUUCUGGCUGUUAAUCUAAAAAAAAUCUUGCAUGUGUUUCUGUAUUCUCUCUGCAAACUGAAAAUUUGAACUACUUGCAUCUUCAUUUCAGUA